AGAGUGCGUUCCCCAGAGCAGCAGAAGAGUGGAGGUGGGAGCAGAGGGUAUGGGCUGAAGAGGGUGGCUUGGCUGUGCUCCCCUGUCACCUCAGUCCUCAAGAGCUGAAGAAUAGCUGGAAGAUGCUGUAUCACAAGACUGCAGUCCGCUGGGAGCGGCAUGGAGGAAGAGCCCACAAGGAGACGCACAUGGUGCUGGAGGUGGAGUACAGUGGUGUCCUAAAGACGGCCCGAUCCAUGAUGCCUCGAGCCAUGGUCCAGAAUGCCGACCUCCGCCACGGGGACUUCUCCCUUCGGAUUGAGCCACUGCAGAGGGAUGAUGUAGGGCAGUAUGAGGCAUUGGUGAGAUACGGCACAGCGACCCUACAUUGCCAGGUGGCGCUGGGUGUGGUGAAAGUGACUGUCAAUAUCCCUGGCCUUGUGGUGGAAACAGAGACUUUCUGGCUACACUGUAACUCCAGUCAUCCAGGCAAACCUGUGGGAGUUCAGUGGUUCCACAACGACAGCCUUGUCCUCAUCUCUGGCAGAUUUCUCUCCCUCAGUGGGGCUCUGUCUAUCUUCAGGACGACUAUGAGUGACAUGGGGCCAUGGCGCUGCAACCUUGCCUACUCAGAUGGCACAAAUGUUUCUGCCACAUACAACCUGCAAAUUCUAGGUUUCUCUGGACCAGCCUCUUCUGUUGUCUAUGCAGCAGCAGGCUCUUCCGCAAACCUACCCUGCACUCUGAACCACAAUCCCAGUGCCUCUGGCAUCCAAGGAGUGAAAGCCCGCUGGAGCAAUCUCGCAGGAGGAUAUCUGGGAGACUGGGGUACUUCCAGGAAUGGAGACUUCACUCUCCAUGUCCCUGAGGUGGGACCUGGUGAUGCAGGACAGUAUCGUUGUGAUGUCUCUAUCCGCAGCACAACGAUCACUAAGGAGGUGACUUUGGCCAUUAUUAUGGUCACCCCAAGCAUCAAGGGUCCAGUGGCUGAGGGCUCCCAUCUGAUGCUCAUCUGCAGCCUCACCCAUCCUCAAGGGCACGAGCACUUUCAGUGGAGGCACAUAGACUCUGCUUACAGCAACAGGAACUCAGCUGAGGCUACUUCCAGAGAUCUGGGGACUCAGAGCUUCCUCUUGGGCUCCACCCUGGAACUACCCCGAGUAUCACAGAAGGAUACAGGCACCUGGGAGUGCAGUGUCCAUGGCCCAGAAGGAAGACUGGGAGCAGUGGAGUAUGGGCUGGAGAUUACAGAUGUCCAGGUCUCUGGGCCGCCUCCCAUCCUGGGUAGACAGGUCACUCUUGGACUCCUUCUCUUCAUCUUCCUCCUGCUUAUGGCCUGCACCUUGGUUUUGGCCCUGUGGAACCAAAGGAUACGCUCCCCCCACUUCCCGGCACUGGAGAGGGAAAUUCCUGCUCCCAUACCAGGAAAUGGAGGAAAGGAUGGAGGCCAGGAGGGGAAGAUCCAGCAGACAGAGUGCUGAUGUAAGAGAAGAUGCAAGGCCCCAUCUCCAUUACUUUGAUCCACUUUUUUUGGAGGCCAGAGAGCCUGGGAUGGGCAUCAUGCACAAAUGUCGAGAAGCCAGAAGCCACAUGAACACAGAAAGACAUUAGGGGGCCACGUGGCUCUUGAGGUAUGUGGGAGCCAUAUGCCAGAGGAGCAAACAUGUGGCUGCAAUAAUGUGGGGGGAUGGGUGUAAAGGCUUCUGGACUUUCCUGUUGGAGAUGAAGGAAUCCAGGUUUGUAGCCUACUUCACUUUCCUUCAAACCUCCCUCACUCCCUCAUUCUUGCUCACUAGCUUAGGGUGUCCCAUGAUUUCUCUCUCAGCCUCUCUCCUUCUUUGGUGUGAUGCAAAAGGUGUUAGCAGGUGAAGAGACUGGAAGACACCUGGCACCCCAUUGCCCAGCAGAUGUUUCACUCAUUCCUGCCUACUUGCCUGUCUCUGUUCCCUUUGUGUCCUGCUCCUGCCCUCGUUUACUGGCUGAGAGGCUCCUUCUGCCACAAGUGUUUCAUAUUUUGUGUUUAUUUUAUUUUAU